AUGGAUCCGCUGAGCGUGAUUGCCUCCGUAGCGGGGAUUGCGACCGCUGCAGGUGAGGUCAUCAAGAUUCUCGGCCCAUACACAACUGCAACGAAGGACGCGCCCAAGAUUGCGGCUGAAGUCUCCUCUGAGGCUCUUGCGACUCAAACUAUCAUCACUGGCUUGGAACAGCUCAUCAACAACUUCUCCGCGGCUAAUGUUAGAUACGCGUCACUGAUCCAGGUGGAUCAGCUAACUGCGGUUCUUUUCGAUGGAGUCAAAAUAUUUUCCGAGCUGUUGGCAGUGCUGCAGACGCUGCCGCCACUCGAACCCAGCAGCCCUGGUGGAAGCCUGUGGACGCCGAUCCAGUGGGUCAGAAAGAAGACGAUUCUCAAGCAAGAGCAGAAGAAAGCCAGCAGCAGUUGA